AUGACUCUCGCCAACAAUCCCCUCAACCAUCCCGCCGCGCAUCAGAUACCUGAAAACGACGUGGAGAAGCGUGGCGAAUUGAACGAUAAAGAUGCCGACAUCAACGUGUCCUCGUUCACCGGCAGUAAUUCCGAAGACAAUACUACUCACACCUCCCAUUCCUCUCUCGGUCCUCACGACAUACCACCCACUCCCGUCGUCCUCAGAGGCAGGCUGAAAAGAUGGAACGACAAGAUCGAAGCUUUCGCCGGUCUCGAGGCGCGAGGCAUCACUCGCGUGCUACCAGAGGAAAAACAUGACAUAUCACUCAUGGGAUACGCCCAGAUGUGCAUCCUGUGGUUCAGCGUAAAUGUCACGGUGAACAACCUAGCCGUCGGCUUCCUUGGCCCACUGGCCUUUAAUCUGGGUUGGGUGGACAGUGUCUUACUGACCGUAUUUGGUUGCGCGCUGGGAUCCGUGCCAACUUCAUACACGAGUACAUGGGGUGCUGAAAGUGGUAAUCGGACACUGAUUGUGGCUCGAUAUGUAAUGGGAUACUGGCCAGCGAAGCUAAUCGCCAUCCUUAAUGCCAUCUUGAUGAUCGGAUACGGCGUCAUCAGUUGCAUUAUCGCCGGACAGAUGCUCUCGGCCGUCAACGGUGGGCACAUGACCAUCAUCGUGGGCAUCAUCAUCGCCGCUCUCAUCAUCGGCGUCGUCGCCAUCUUCGGCAUGGCUGUCCUGCACGUAUACGAAAGAUGGGCUUUCAUCCCCCAAGUCAUCGCCCUCUUCGUCCUCAUCGGCGCCGCCGGUCCCCACUUCAACACCGCUCUCCAAUCCAGCGCCCCCAUCACCGGCACCGCCGGCGAAAUCACCGCCAACCGCCUCUCAUUCUUCGCCCUCCAGUACUCCGUCCCCGUCGGCUGGGCGGCCGCCGGCUCGGAUUUCUACGUCUACUACCCCACCCACACGAGCAAAAGGCUCACCUUCCUCAUGACCUGGCUCGGCCUGGCCUCGUCCUUCAUCUUCGUCAACAUCAUCGGCGUCGGCCUCGGCUGCGGCGUCGCCAUCACCCCGGCCUGGCAGACCGCCUACGCCACGUCCUCGGGCGCCCUCCUCCUCGCCGGCUACGGCGGCCUCGGCGGCUUCGGCAGCUUCUGCACCGUCAUCCUCGCCCUCUCCGCCAUCCAGAACAACAUCCCCGGCACCUACGCCGCCGCCAUCGACAUGCAGAUCCUCGGCCGCUACUUCAAGGCCGUCCCGCGCUGGCUCUGGGUCGUGGCCGUCGUCAUCGUCGAGUUCGUCUGCGGCGUCGCGGGCCGCGACCACCUCUUCGACAUCUUCGAAAACUUCCUCGCCCUCAUGGGCUACUGGAUCUCCAUCUUCGUCACCAUUAUGCUCGAGGAGCACAUCCUGUUCCGCCGCCUCCGCGGCGUCCCCUUCGACUGGUCCGCCUGGGAGGACCGGAAGCGCCUCCCGCUCGGCGUCGCCGCCCUCGUCGCCUUCCUCAUCGGCUGGGCCGGCGCCAUCAUCGGCAUGUACCAGGCGUGGUACGCGGGGCCCGUGGCGAAGCACGUCGGCGGCUACGGAGGCGAUAUCGGCACCUGGGUCGCCAUUGCGUUUACGUGCGUGACGUUUCCGCCGAUGCGCUGGUUGGAGUUGAAGCUUGUGGGGCGGUGA